AUGGACACAAUCCGCGAGUCACCUUUCGGCCAAUUACUCCGUCUUUUGACCAACAAUCGCGUCCUGUUGUAUCCAGAAGAACGAGAUUCAGAUCCCUGGUAUUCCUACAUCAUCACCGACGGAAGCCCUAGCACCCCAGCGGUGUUUGAAGGCAAAUACUCAGCUCCCACUGACCUCGCUCAGGCUCCAGCUGCGGACACAGCUCCAGACAUCGCACAUGGCGAGCUCGACGAGAUUUCACCCGAGGCAACAGACGUUUCUCGACAUCCGUUCUCUGGCAUGGAGUCUAGGAACUUGCUUACCACCCGACGUAUUUCUCCUGAGCACGGUGAGAGGGCAGUAAAUGGGAGGAUAGAUCUCGAGAAGGAUAUCAUUUUUAUUGGUUGGGCUGAGGGCGAUCCUGCAAACCCGUUGAACUGGUCGACAGCGAAGAAGUGGACCGAUACGGCCCUGAUCUGUCUGUUAACAAUCGCAAUCUCUAUCGGCGGCGCGAUUUAUUCUCCUGGGAUCCCAGACAUCAUGGUCGUAUUUGGCGUCAGUCAAGUGGCUACCACAGUCGGACUUACUCUGUUCGUCUUCGCUUACGGAGCCGGUGCAAUGCUGUGGGGCCCGAUGAGCGAGAUACCCCAGCUAGGCCUCAACUUGAUCUACAUCCCGACUCUCACCAUAUUCGUCGUCCUCCAAGUCCCCACUGCGCUAUCCGUCAAUUUCGGCAUGUUGCUUGCGUUCCGAUUUCUGACUGGAUUCUUUGCCUCUCCUGUACUUGCCAACGGUGGCGCGUCGAUCUCGCAUAUGUUCUCUGCUCGAAAACGCGCACAGCCGCUCAUUGUCUGGGCAGGUACGGGGCCGUGUGGCCCAGUUUUGGGUCCUAUUAUCGGAGGUUUUGCCGCUCAGGCGAAGGGAUGGACAUGGACUAUAUGGGAGCUCGCAUGGCUCUCCGGGUUCACCCUCGUCAUCAUUUUCUUCUUCCUCCCGGAGACAAGCCACGCCAACAUCCUCUAUCGCCGCACACGUCGUCUCCGCCGACUCACCGGUCUCCCUAACCUCCGUCGCCAGACUGAAUUUCUCACCGAGCAGCAUAACCAUCUCCUGUACGACAUCGUCAUCUCUACCGCACGCGGAUUCGCGCUCAAUUUCCAAGAACCGAUUGUUCUUGUCCUCAAUCUUUACAUGUGCCUCGUCUAUGGCCUGCUCUACGCCUGGUUCGAGUCCUUCUCCGUCGUAUUCGGUCAGAUAUAUUGUUUCUCGCUGCCCAUCGAGGGAUUGAGCUUCAUCGGCAUCCUCGUAGGAUCGCUGAUGGCCAUUCCGCCGUAUUGCGCGUAUGUGCACUACGUUCUUGGGCCGAAGUUCAAUGAAAAGGGGGAGAUCAAGCCGGAGGAGAGGAUGCCGUUCGCGUUCAUAGGCGCGUUUCUGAUUCCGGUGGCGUUGGUUAUUUUCGGUUGGACAGGACGAGCGAGUGUGCCGUGGAUCGCGUCAAUUAUCGGGAGCGCGUUGUUUAGUAUGGGUGCCUUGUAUCUCUUCGUCGCAGUGCUGAACUAUCUGAGCGACGCAUACCCCACCUACGCUGCUUCCGUCCUCGCCGGCAACGCAUUUAUGCGCUCCUCAUUCGGCGCCGUGUUCCCGCUCUUCGCGACACAGAUCACGUUGCUCGCGCUGCUGGCUGUGAUAUUCAUUCCGAUUCCUUUCGUGGUUUAUAAGUUCGGCGAAAGGAUUAGACUGGCGAGCCCCAGGGCGAGACAUGACUUGUGA